CACACAGAGUGAGAGAGAUUGAUAGAGCCUCCUCCAGAGAGCAGCAUCAGUCUGAGAGGACCCGUCUCAAACAGCAGCAGAGGCUCUCGUCUGCUCCGUCCAUGGGCUUGAGCGGCGCCGGCGUCCCUGGACUCUGGAUCUGCUCCGUCUGACCGCACACUCGUCCAGGAUGAGCUGUAAGGUGGUGCUGUGGCUGCUGCUCGCCGGCCUGCUGUGUCUCGCCUCCGCCGGCCGUAAAAGCCGACCGCAGGGAUCCAUCCCGUCGCCCUACAAGACCAACUCCAACACCUCCGACCGGCGCGCUCGCAAACAGGAAGUGCUGGCCUCCAGCCAGGAAGCUCUGGUGGUGACGGAGCGCAAGUACCUGAAGAGCGACUGGUGCAAGACACAGCCGCUGCGGCAGACGGUCAGUCAGGAGGGCUGCAAGAGCCGCACCGUCAUCAACCGCUUCUGCUACGGCCAGUGCAACUCCUUCUACAUCCCGCGGCACGUCAGGAAGGAGCAGGAGUCCUUCCAGUCCUGCGCCUUCUGCAGGCCGCAGCGCUUCACCAGCCUCACCGUGGAGCUCGAAUGCCCCGACCUGCAGCCGGAUGUCCGCUAUCGCAAGAUCCAGCGCGUCAAGCAGUGCCGCUGCAUGUCCGUCAGCGUGUCCGAGUCUGGGAAACAGUGAGAUCCUGACCACUUUUCACUGGAAACAGCUGCUGCUAAUCUGAGCUGAAAGACUGCAAGGCUUCAGCAUGCCAUCUUAAUACUGUCCUGCUGGACGCUGGUCACUAUCAGUCACCACUGGUCACUGUCGGUCACCAUUGGUCUCCAACGGUCUCCAUCAGUCACCGUUGGUCACUAUCGGUCAUCAGCAGACAUUAUCGGUCCCUACUGGUCUCCAUUGGGCACUCUCAGUCAUCAUUGGACACUAUUGGUCACCAUAGGUCUUCAUUGGUUACUAUCAGUCAUCACUGGUCUCCAUCGGACACUAUUGGUCUCCAUUGGUCACUCUCGGUCAUCAUUGGACACUAUCAUUCAUCAUUGGUCACCAUAGGUCUUCAUUGGUUACUAUCAGUCAUCAUUGGUCUCCAUCGGACACUAUUGGUCACUAUCAGUCAUAACUGGACACUAUUGGUCACAAUCAGUCAUCGUUAGACACUAUUGGUCACCAACAGUCACUGUUGGUCACUAUUGGACACUAUUAGUCACUAUCAGUUAUCAUUGGACACUAUUGGUCACCAUAGGUCUUCAUUGGUCACUGUUGGUCACUAUAGGUAUUCAUUGGUUACUAUCGGUCACCACUGGCCUCCAUCGGACACUAUUGGUCACUAUUGGUUAUCAUUGGACACGAUCAGUCAUCAUUGGACACUGUUGGUCACUAUCGAUUAUCAAUGGUCACCAUUGGUCUUCAUUGGUCACUAUUGGUCACCAUCAGUCAUCAUUGGUCACCAAGGUCAUUAUCAGUCACUAGAGAGAGUGUGGAAACUAACUGACGUGCAGAGAAAUGACUCCACAGUGAACUCUAUGCAGGAGCUGCUGCCACCUGUGUGAUGAUCAAUGAUAGUUAACACCAAA